GAUUCUCGGUUCUUCCCCCUCCUCCCAGAGCUGAGCUACCCCCGGAGCUGAGGGUCAGAUGUGGAAGGAAAGUGGGUGCUGGGUUUUCACGGAGUAUGCCAGCCCUGCCCCGGCAGGACUGUGUUUGAGCUUGGACUCACUCGCUGCUGAAUUCCUAUUUGUUAUUCUUUUUUCUUCCAGACUAGCUGGAAGGACCAGCUAGCCUGGACUUUGGCUUCUUUGCCCUGGAGCCCUGGCAUAAUGGGCUGAGGGCUCUUGGUGGGUUAGUGGAGAGCUGGGGGCUGGCCCUUCCCCAUCUUCUUUUCUACCCACUCCCUCCCCCGCCCCCCGCCAAGCCCAGCCACCAUCAGUCACGUCACUCCUGGGACUGAGGAGGGAGGGGAGGGAUAGGGGGCAGAGAUGGAGGCCCCACUCCCCGAGGUUGCCUAGACAACAUGAGAAAUCGUGGCCGGGGCCUCUUCCGCCUGCGGAGCCGCUGCUUCCUGCAUCAGUCACUCCCGCUGGGGGCGGGGCGGAGGAAGGGGUUGGAUGUGGCAGAGCCAGGCCCCAGCCGGUGCCGCUCAGACUCCCCCGCUGUCGCCGCCGUGGUCCCAGCCAUGGCAUCCUAUCCAUCUGGCUCUGGCAAGCCCAAGGCCAAAUAUCCCUUUAAGAAGCGGGCCAGCCUGCAGGCCUCCACUGCAGCUCCAGAGGCUCGGGGUGGUCUGGGGGCCCCUCCGCUGCAGUCUGCCCGAUCCCUGCCGGGCCCCGCCCCCUGCCUCAAGCACUUCCCGCUCGACCUGCGCACGUCUAUGGAUGGCAAAUGCAAGGAGAUCGCCGAGGAGCUGUUUACCCGCUCGCUGGCCGAGAGUGAGCUCCGUAGUGCCCCGUAUGAGUUCCCCGAGGAGAGCCCCAUUGAACAGCUGGAGGAGCGGCGGCAGCGGCUGGAGCGGCAGAUCAGCCAGGAUGUCAAGCUGGAGCCGGACAUCCUGCUUCGGGCCAAGCAAGAUUUCCUGAAGACAGACAGUGACUCGGACCUACAGCUCUACAAGGAACAGGGUGAGGGGCAGGGUGACCGGAGCCUGCGGGAGCGUGAUGUGCUGGAACGGGAGUUUCAGCGGGUCACCAUCUCCGGGGAGGAGAAGUGUGGGGUGCCAUUCACAGACCUGCUGGAUGCUGCCAAGAGUGUGGUGCGGGCGCUCUUCAUCCGGGAGAAGUACAUGGCCCUGUCCCUGCAGAGCUUCUGCCCCACCACCCGCCGCUACCUGCAGCAGCUGGCUGAAAAGCCUCUGGAGACCCGGACCUAUGAGCAGGGCCCCGACACCCCUGUGUCUGCUGAUGCCCCGGUGCACCCCCCUGCACUGGAGCAGCACCCGUACGAGCACUGUGAGCCAAGCACCAUGCCUGGGGACCUGGGCUUGGGUCUGCGCAUGGUGCGGGGUGUGGUGCACGUCUACACCCGAAGGGAACCUGACGAGCAUUGCUCAGAGGUGGAGCUGCCAUACCCUGACCUGCAGGAAUUUGUGGCUGACGUCAAUGUGCUGAUGGCCCUGAUUAUCAAUGGCCCCAUAAAGUCAUUCUGCUACCGCCGGCUGCAGUACCUGAGCUCCAAGUUCCAGAUGCACGUGCUACUCAAUGAGAUGAAGGAACUGGCCGCCCAGAAGAAAGUGCCACACCGAGAUUUCUACAACAUCCGCAAGGUGGACACCCACAUCCAUGCCUCGUCCUGCAUGAACCAGAAGCAUCUGCUGCGCUUCAUCAAGCGGGCGAUGAAGCGGCACCUGGAGGAGAUCGUGCACGUGGAGCAGGGCCGUGAACAGACGCUGCGGGAGGUCUUUGAGAGCAUGAAUCUCACAGCCUAUGACCUGAGUGUGGACACGCUGGAUGUGCAUGCGGACAGGAACACUUUCCAUCGCUUUGACAAGUUUAAUGCCAAAUACAACCCUAUUGGGGAGUCCGUCCUCCGAGAGAUCUUUAUCAAGACGGACAACAGGGUAUCUGGGAAGUACUUUGCUCACAUCAUUAAGGAGGUGAUGUCAGACCUGGAGGAGAGCAAAUACCAGAAUGCAGAGCUGCGGCUGUCCAUUUACGGGCGCUCGAGGGAUGAGUGGGACAAGCUGGCGCGCUGGGCUGUCAUGCACCGUGUGCACUCCCCCAACGUGCGCUGGCUGGUGCAGGUGCCCCGCCUCUUUGAUGUGUACCGUACCAAGGGCCAGCUGGCCAACUUCCAGGAGAUGCUGGAGAACAUCUUCCUGCCACUGUUUGAGGCCACUGUGCACCCUGCCAGCCACCCGGAGCUGCAUCUGUUCUUGGAGCAUGUGGAUGGUUUUGACAGUGUGGAUGACGAGUCCAAGCCUGAGAACCAUGUCUUCAACCUGGAGAGCCCCCUGCCUGAGGCGUGGGUGGAGGAGGACAACCCACCCUAUGCCUACUACCUGUACUACACCUUUGCCAACAUGGCCAUGUUGAACCACCUGCGCAGGCAGAGGGGCUUCCACACGUUUGUGCUGAGGCCACACUGUGGGGAGGCUGGACCCAUCCACCACCUGGUGUCAGCCUUCAUGCUGGCUGAGAACAUUUCCCAUGGGCUGCUUCUGCGCAAGGCCCCCGUCCUGCAGUACCUGUACUACCUGGCCCAGAUUGGCAUCGCCAUGUCCCCGCUCAGCAACAACAGCCUCUUCCUCAGCUACCACCGGAAUCCGCUACCGGAGUACCUGUCCCGCGGCCUCAUGGUCUCCCUGUCCACUGAUGAUCCCCUGCAGUUCCACUUCACCAAGGAGCCGCUGAUGGAGGAAUACAGCAUCGCCACCCAGGUGUGGAAGCUCAGCUCCUGCGAUAUGUGUGAGCUGGCCCGCAACAGCGUGCUCAUGAGUGGCUUCUCGCACAAGGUAAAGAGCCACUGGCUGGGACCCAACUAUACCAAGGAAGGCCCUGAGGGGAAUGACAUCCGCCGGACGAAUGUGCCAGACAUCCGCGUGGGCUACCGCUACGAGACCCUGUGCCAGGAGCUGGCGCUUAUCACGCAGGCAGUCCAGAGUGAGAUGCUGGAGACCAUUCCGGAGGAGGCGGGUAUCACCAUGAGCCCAGGGCCUCAGUGAGCCUGGUCCAUGAAGUGCCCACCACAUCGCAGCACUUUUACCACGUUUUGUCCUCAGACCCCUCCCAUGCUGUGUGGUCUCUGCAUGUCUCCGUUCUUGUCUGUCUCUGUCUUGCAUGUCUCCGACCAUGUCACUGUCCCUGAGCCGCCCAGUGAAAGCAAAGCCUGGGAAUCUGCUCGUUGUUGUUCGGGCUCAGGUAGCACCUGACGGCCCAGGUAUUGAGGGUCCCCCCUGCUGGUGGCCCUGUCCUGGGGUCCUUAGAAGCCUGACUGUCCUACGGGAUUCUCCAGUGUCCAUAGGGGCUUGGGAUGGUUGUGGGGGGCUGGCCCCUCUAGCCUUUCAGGUCCUUCCUGGACAAAUCUAAGCCUUGGCCAGGGCUGGAGUUUAGGCCCCUGUCUUGUUCAUGUAACCGAGGGGCAGGCGGGGGACCUGUACACCUCUGCUGUGGGCACGGGGCUGCUGAGGGUCUGUGGAACUCCAGCAGCUCCGCACUGGCUAGAGCUGGGCUGAGAGCUCAGUCACAGCCCUGGGCUUCCUGGCCUAAGUGGGUAGACGCAGGUGGCAGAGGUGCUGGACCACAUCUCCACCAAGUCACUGCCCAGCAGCCUUCUCCGUCCUGUCCCCAGCCCACGUGCUCCUUGGGUGUCAGCUUCCUGUGCCUCUGUGGGAGAGGGCAGCUGCCUUGUGUUAUGUCUGGGGCCACGGUCACUGCAAGGUCCUGGAUCUGCCACUCAACCCUGGGAGUGGUGUUCCCAGUGUGGCUCCCAGAGCUUUGACCAGAUCCUCAUCCCAGCUGGCCCCUGUGUUAUGUUCUGGACCGAGGCCUUUGCUGUGAACUGCAGUGUUUCAUACGACCCAUCUUUCCUAGUGCAUGAGAAAUAAAGAUUAUUUAAUUAAUGA